CCAAAAACCUCCGGAAUUUUUGUAAUGUGGUUGUUUAAGCCGGACAUUUCUAAAGCGUCGGACAACAACUAAAUGCCAACUAUCCUUGUGCGAUGUCUCAAUUCAACUGUAACUAACACGAUAAAAGGAUUUUACUGGUGAACAUGUGGGUUGCCAGGCGACUUUUAUCAUCUGUUGCACAUAAUCGUCAGUAUGCUGCUCACCCAGGCGUGUUCCGCCGCCCUCAGCUGCGCACCUUUCCCGACAUGGAGCUGGGCUACCUCCAGUGCACGUGCUGCUGGAGAAGCAGAAUCCCGGUCGCCGGAAUCGAGAGCCUGAACUCCAGCAUCUCUGCGCCCUGCGAAGAGGACGUCACCGAUGACCGUGCCGCUCCCCUCGACGCGUGCUACACCUCAGAGCAGCGCCACGCCAUCCUGAGUCUCCUCAACAACGCCUCGGUCACCGAGCUGGCGUGCGUCAAGCUCCUCCGGGGGCGUAAAUCCGUCAACAUCGUGGACUACCGGAGCAAACACGGACCCUUUAAGACACUGGAGAGCGUGGUGAACGUGCCGCUGCUCAAGCACAAGAGCGCCGUCGUGGUGUUCGAGUCCAUCCUCAACCCGGUGAAGAAGGAGAAGAAAGUGCGCAUCCAGUUGGCCAAGUUCAUCAGGCCCGAGGUGGACAAGUCCUGGCUGGAGGACGCCAAUUCCAUCGUUUCGCUGGUGUGCGGCACGAACCGGAUAGCAUGGGCACACGUGGGCAGAGGGAUGACCGUCAUGGACUGGCAGCACUUGGACUGUCCAAACUUCAUGAAGGGCACCUACAUGGCGUCCGCCUACUUAAAUGAUGUGUCAGCAGUGGUGUCCCUCCUACCUUCGGCUGACUUCUACAUCAUUGAGAAGCCGUCCAUCUCGGUCCAGAACACAGCUCUGUUCCCGAUCAUGGCGCACAUGAGGACGGUGGAGGCCAUGUUGUUUGCGCUCCUGGAGCCCCGAAACUUCCCGCAGAACACCAACAUUCCUCCCAGGGUCCUGAACAUGAUGCGGACCGCCGUGGGACGCCAUUUCGGGCUCAUGGUGGGCGAGUCGCGGACCAGCGGGGCGGAGACGGUCCAACGGCUGAUGACCGAGUCGGUGACAAAGAAGAUGCCGCGGAUAAACUUCCCGCCCGAGCUGGUGGUCAAGUACAGGAACUGGUUUCAGAUGAGCGUCAAAAGAGGCGGGGGAGAGGAGCUCUGUGACGCUCUGCUGCAGGCUGUGGCUUUUUACGAGCUCCUCACAGAAUCCUCCGCUUAGCCGCUGAUCCGCCAACACACGCAAAAACCUGCAGACUUUGGAACUGUUUUUUCACCCGCUGCUCAACCUGAAACAUACAAACCAACACCAAUUAGCAUUUUUUUCCCCCCAUUUUUAUCCUUUGACAUACAGACGAAACCAUGCAGAAACUGUUAUUUAUAUACGAUAUGCUUUUGGUGGUUGUUUUUGGCCUUUUCAGAACAAAGUAAGAUCUUAUUUAUUUUUCUGAUAAAGCGUUGUUGAGGGCUGUAUGUAGUAAAUUGCAUUUUUGGUUGCACACAUUUGAUUCAAAGGUGACAUAUGAAAACGGCCAUUUUUUUUCUACUGUGUAAUAUUUGGGUCUGUGUACUGGCUGGCUACCGGCCAAGUGUGAAGGUCCACAAAAUACUUUAUCGAACACUUGAACUGAUCCAACCCAGGAACCUUUUAUUAUUGUCUUUGUUGUGC